AUGGCUCAAUACGAGCGCCAUCAGAGCGAAUAUCAACGAGGAGUUGUACAUGUUCAAGCUUUACGCAGAAUGGUCCAGCUACAAGGCGGGCUGUUGCAGAUUUCGAAGAGCCAUCAUAUACUUGUUCAAAAAAUACUGCGUGUUGAUCUUGAGUAUGCUCUGCAGCUGGGCUCAUCGACGCUAUUUAGCCUGGAGGACGCCAUCAAGGAAAACAGGAUAAUAAAUGAAAUCUACGGGGACAAGCGACAGAAUCAUGCGGGUUCCAGCAAAUCCUACCGGUCUCCUUUGCUAGGAAGUCUGCGCCGCGAUAUUCAAGAUAUCUUCAUUGAAGUGGCAUCCCUUGCUUCAAUGCUCAAUGACGCAACUAAUGGAGUGGGUCCCAAGCUGAAGUCCUGCGUUUUCCACAGCGACCUGCUCGUCCUUGGCUAUCGCUUGGGGAAUAUGUACACCCUCGGUGGGUGUCGUCCCAAAUGCCCAAUUGAGAACGCAAUCCAUCUAGGUCUCACUGCGUUUCUGGUUACAUUCUUGCCGGGACUAGAUUAUCGUACUGCUCAUAACGCUCUUCUUUCUAACUUACUGCUCAAUGUCGCUCAAGAUCUUGCAGAUGACGGACUAGAUGUCCGGGAAAUAUUACUCUGGACGCUUUACAUUGGAGCAGCGUCAUCCUCCCAGCUGGGGACUCAUCCUACGUGGAUUUCGAAAUCAAAGGAGACUAUCGAUACUCUGAAAUUGAGAACAUGGGAACAAGUCCAGAACAUGCUUGCGAAAUACCCGUGGGUCAACGCAGUUCACGAUACUGCUGGGAAGACCCUCUGGCAUCAAUCUCACACAAACUAA